AUGCGCUAUCUCCUCUCCCUGAGUGGCCUCACUGGCCUCGCUCUGGCCCAGAACGGAGCCUGGCAGCAAUGUGGAGGCCAAAACUGGAGCGGCUCUACCACUUGCAUCUCUGGUUACACUUGCAGCUUUAUUAACGACUAUUACAGCCAGUGUGUGCCAGGCUCUAACCCCAACCCGCCUUCUACUACUCUCUCUACCGUCACUCAGCCAAGCUCUUCUCCCACCAACAACCCCAACCCAGGAACGGGCAAGUUCGUCUGGGUUGGUACCAAUGAGGCUGGUGGUGAGUUUGGAGAGAAUAAUCUGCCAGGCACUUUGGGCAAGGAUUAUACCUUUCCAGACACUGCCGCGAUCGACACUCUGAUCGGUCAAGGAUACAACACCUUCCGUGUGCAGCUCAAGAUGGAGAGGCUGACGAGCACCUUGACUGGUAGCCACAAUCAGGCUUACCUUGAUGGCUACAGCAAGGUCAUCAACCACAUCACCCAGAAGGGUGCCUAUGCUGUCCUAGAUCCUCACAACUAUGGCCGCUUCUUUGGCAACGUCAUUACCGACACUUCAGCUUUCCAGACCUGGUGGAAGAACCUUGCCGCCGUCUUCAAAAACAACGACCGCGUCAUUUUUGACACCAACAACGAGUACCACAGCAUGGACCAGACUCUUGUUCUCAAGCUCAACCAGGCUGCUAUUGACGGUAUCCGAUCCACCGGUGCCAAACAGUACAUCUUUGUUGAAGGCAACCAGUGGUCUGGUGCUUGGUCCUGGCCCGAUGUCAACGACAACAUGAAGGCUCUCACCGACCCCGAGGGCAAGAUUGUCUACCAGAUGCACCAGUACUUGGACUCUGACAGCUCUGGCACUUCUGAGGCCUGUGUUUCCUCCACCAUUGGCGCUGAACGGGUCAAGGCAGCCACAGCCUGGCUCAAGAAGAAUGGCAAGGUCGGUAUUCUCGGUGAGUUUGCCGGUGGAGCAAACAGCCAGUGCAAGGCAGCCGUCCAGGGUAUGCUCGACUAUCUUGAGGACAACAGCGAUGUCUGGAAGGGAGUUCUUUGGUGGGCGGCUGGUCCUUGGUGGGGUACCUACAUGUACAGCUUUGAACCUCCAAGUGGAACUGGCUACCAGUACUACAACUCUCUUCUGAAGACCUACGUCUAA